AUGGCCGACACCAUCGUUAGCAAGGUUGUGGAAGACCUGUACAACUUCAUGAAGGACAAAUUCCAGCAGGAACUAAGCGCAGCCUUGGGUGUGGAGAAGGAGAUACAAAAUCUCUCAUCAAAGCUCAACAAAAUCAGGCAGGUAUUGGAUGAUGCAGAGAGGAAAAGCUUCAAGGAAAAGCACCUCAAGCUCUGGCUCCAAGACAUCCAAGCCUUCUGCUACGACGUGGAAGAUGUUCUCGACGAGUGGCGCAUCACAACUCCACUACUUCGUUUGUGGAUGCAUCAGAGAUUCAAGUGGGGAAAAACUACACUUGCUCAAUUAGUGUAUGGGGAUGAACGGAUAAAGAGUCAUUUUGAUAAAAGGGUGUGGGUUUGUGUUUCACAGCCUUUUGACCAGAUCAAGAUUGCAAAAGCCAUUGUUGAGUCUUCAACCACUGGAAGCUCCCCAAAUCUGUCUGAGCUGGAAGUGUUACUGAAAAAAAUCCAAAACACUUUAUCUCAGAAAAGAUUCCUACUUGUGUUGGAUGAUGUGUGGACAGAGGAUGAUGCAAAGUGGGCGCCAUUUAAGAACUGCCUCCUCAUGGUUGGAAUCCCUGGGAGUAGAAUCUUGGUGACCUCAAGGAGUGAGAGAGUUGCAAAAAUGAUGGGAAGUGUGUAUCUGCAUCGGGUGAAGCUCAUAUCUGACUCAGAUGCUUGGUUGUUGCUUAGCAGGAUAGCAUUUUCCAAGAGAACGGAGGAGGCUUCUGAAAAACUAAAAGAAAUUGGUCAGAAAAACUUCGCAGCUUUUUUACUGAACACCUUUUUCCAGAACAACUUACUCCAAAUAUGUUCAAUGAAACUCCCAAACGAGAUAGGAAAUUUGAUUCAUCUAAGGUACAUCAAUUUAAGUUGGAGCAACAUAGAAGAGUUACCUGAUUCAAUUUACUCUUUGUAUAACUUGCAAACUCUAGAUCUUAGUAGAUGUUGGUAUCUUUCUAGACUACCUGAAGGGAUUGGAAAUUUGCGUCUCCUAGGCAAGAUUGAUUUAAGUUGGAACAAAGUAGAGGAGUUACCUGAUUCAAUUUGCUCUUUGGAGAGCUUGCAAACUCUAUAUCUUAGGGAAUGUCAUUCUCUUUCUAGACUACCUGAAGGGAUUGGAAAUUUACAUCACCUACGCAAGAUUUAUUUAACUUGGAGCAAAGUAGAGGAAUUACCUGAUUCAAUUUGCUCUUUGGAUAACUUGCAAACUCUAGAUCUUAACAGAUGUGGGUAUCUUUCUAGACUACCUGAAGGGAUUGGAAAUUUGCGUCUCCUAGGCAAGAUUGAUUUAAGUUGGAGCAAAGUAGAGGAGUUACCUGAUUCAAUUUGCUCUUUGGAUAACUUGCAAACUCUAUAUCUUAGGGAAUGCCAUUCUCUUUCUAGACUACCUGAAAGGAUUGGAAAUUUGCAUCACCUGCGCAAGAUUUAUUUAACUUGGAGCAAAGUAGAGGAGUUACCUGAUUCAAUUUGCUCUUUGGAUAACUUGGAAAUUCUAGACCUUUAUGGAUGUAAGUGUCUUUCUAGACUACCUGAAGGGAUUGGAAAUUUGCAUCACUUAAGAGAGAUUGAUUUAAAUUUUAGCAAAGUAAAGAAGUUACCUGAUUCAAUUUACUCUUUGAACAAAUUGGAAAUUCGAGGAUGGGGAACUGGGUGA